CACCGCCCUUUAAAUUCGCCUCCCCAAAUCACACCUCUCCGGCUCUCACUCUCCCCCGCCUCCAGACCCUUCAUUUCUCUCUGCAAGCCACACACAUCGAAAUCGAGUGUUUCACCCACUGGGAAAAUGGUAGCAAAGGAAGUCAUCUCCUUCACGCUUCUCCUCUAUUCCAUCGCAGCCGUUCACGCUAGAAUCCCCGGCGUCUACACCGGCGGCCCCUGGCAGAGUGCCCACGCGACCUUUUACGGCGGCGCCGACGCAUCCGGCACCAUGGGCGGCGCGUGUGGUUACGGAAACCUGUACAGCCAAGGCUACGGCUUAAACAAUGCGGCGCUAAGCACUGCUCUGUUCAACGACGGCCUGAGCUGCGGAUCCUGCUUCGAGAUCAAGUGCACAAACGACAGAUCUUGCAGCGAGGGCAACCCCUCCAUCUUCGUCACCGCCACCAACUUCUGCCCCCCGAACUUCGCCCUCCCCAACGACAACGGCGGCUGGUGCAACCCUCCCCGCCUUCACUUCGACCUCGCCAUGCCGAUGUUCCUCAAAAUCGCCGCCUACCGCGCCGGCAUCGUCCCCGUCAAUUUCCGCCGGGUUUCAUGUAGAAAGCAUGGCGGUAUCCGGUUUACGGUGAACGGAUUCCGUUACUUCAACCUGGUUUUGGUGACCAACGUGGCGGGUGCGGGCGACAUCCACAAAGUAUGGGUGAAGGGAUCCAAGACCCAAUGGAUCUCGCUGUCCAGGAACUGGGGGCAAAAUUGGCAAACCAGCGCAUUUUUAGUGGGCCAGUCACUCUCAUUCAGGGUCCGAGCCAGCGACCGUCGCCAAGUGACGUCGUUUAACGUGGCACCUUCGGGCUGGCAGUUCGGGCAGACCUUCCAGGGCAAGAAUUUCCGAGUUUAGAACAUCCCUCCCCGGCACUCCCUCAAAAUGCUAUGCCGACCCCGGAGAAUUCCGCAGUCUCCAAACUUUACCCAAUAUUUUUAGUUAUUUAACCUUCUGCCACUGUUUUUCUCGGCCUUUAGUGUUUUCUCCCCCCUUUUUUAUCCCGGGAAUUGGAAGUAGGGACUGAAGCGGCUGCAGGAAUGGCAAAGUUGUAGUAUUUGCGAUGUAGCCCGCAGCUCUCUUUAAUUACUAGUAUUUCCAGAAAAUUAAUACUCCCUCCGUUUUUUAAAACACUUCCUCUUUCAUUUUUUUCAUUUCCAACAAAACACUUCCACUUUCUAUUAAAAAAUCACUUUUACCCUUACUUUUUCAUACCCUACCUAUCACAUCAUACUUUAUCUCUAAUAAUCUAUCCAUCACAUCUUACUUUUACCUAUUACAUCAAGGGCAAAAUUGGAAGUCAACUACAAUUUAAUACUUCCUUAUUUUUACACAAAGUCAAAAUAGGAACACUUUUUCCAAACGGAGGGAGUACUACAUGCAAUGAAAUUGCCAAGUAUUA